AUGGGAAGAAUUUCAAGCCGUGCCCGUCAAUUAAAAAAGCUCGAUGGACGAACUAAAACUAAACAAUGCUUUCUAUUGGCUCUAAUUCAUUUGAAAAUAUUAACAAAUCCAGUAUUAAAAGGUCCGGGAGCAAAGAAAAAAUCACCAUUAUGUAACUUAAAUUUGAAGAAUAAUAUAAUUUUAGAUGAUGCAGAAAGAGAUGAAUUUGACUCGUCUAAUAUCGUCGAAUAUGAAGUAUCAUCUACAUGUACUUUAGUCGAAAAUGAUGCCAUCGAUCAUUUUGAAAACGAUUUUAACAUAUAUUCAUCAAUUCCAGAAUCGUAUCCGGAUAAGGAUGAAUUUAACUCGUAUAAUAUCGUCGAAUAUGAAGCAUCAUCUACAUGUACUUUAGCCGAAAAUGAUGCCAUCGAUCAUUUCGAAAACGAUUUUAACAUAUAUUCAUCAAUUCCGGAAUCGUAUCCGGAUAAGGAUGAAUUUGACUCGCCUAAUAUCGUCGAAUAUGAAGCAUCAUCUACAUGUACUUUAGUCGAAAAUGAUGCCAUCGAUCAUUUCGAAAACGAUUUUAACAAAUGCAAUCCAAUAGAAACAAAUUCAAUCCUUUAUAUUCCUUAUGAAAGUGUAAAUAGAAUGAUCAAAUUGCCGUGCAACAUUUCGGAUUGUGAGUUGAAAACGUUAAUCGAAUUAAAAAUCAUUUAUCCUUUGACCGAUGAUCCCGUUUUU